AUGGCGCCUCUCGUCCCCGUCUUCUCGACCGAGUCGCUCCCUGACCAUGUCAAUACCGUGCGCCGCAAUUUUCAAGACAAACGUCGCAAAGGCACCGCAGUGGACCUACAAGAAUGCCCACUACUUGAGAUGACACAGUACUCCUGCAAUCCACCCCAAGAUGGUAUUCCUGAACCAGGAGUGGUGGUUUGCAAACCCCUAGUGCGACUGUUUCGACGCUGCGCUGGGGGAUUAAUGGUUGAAACAACGACAUGGGAACCUCUCAGGUUGGCAGAGGAAGCGAAACAAGCAAAGCGGAAUAUGGAGGCUACAAAACAAUGA